AUGCCUGGUGAAGAAGUGACUUAUAGGAACCCAAAGGUCACAAACUGGAGCGUAUUCAGGGAGGAAUUGCAGUUAAACCUCACAGCAAUCAACAAAGCUGUUAAGACUGUAGAGCAACUAGAACUAACGGUAGGAGAGCUGGAGAUUGGUUUGAAUGAUGCCUACCUCAGAAGUUGUCCUAUUAAAAAGACGGCCAAAAGAGACGGGAACUGGGAGGCAUACAGAACCGCCCUGACGACGUUUAAUAGGGAGUUAAGGAAGGCCAAAAGACGUUCUUGGGCAAGGUUCUGUGAGGAAGUGAAUAACACCUCGCAAACCUCCAGAUUAUAUAAAGUAAUAUCGAAGGCCCCUAGCUCCCAUCCCAGCACUCUAAAGAGGCGAGAUGGUACUUAUACUAAAAGAGCGGAAGAAACGCUAAGAUUACUAGCCGACGUACACUUCCCCAACAGUAUCCAUCUCGAAAGUAACGAAGCCUUCUCCCAUACGACUAUUAAAACCAGACCAUCGUCUGACGACUGGAGAAGAGCUUCUACGAUCUUCAAGCCUGACCGAGUCAAAUGGGCAAUUGACAGCUUCAAGCCUUACAAGACCGGCGGCGAGGAUAACAUAUUUCCGGCCCUCCUCCAACAGGGCAAGGACAUUAUCCUCCCAGUGCUACUGAAAAUAUUCAGAGCAAGUUUCGCGUGGGGCUACAUCCCAUUGGCAUCGACAAAGGUAAAGGUGUCCUACAUACCAAAGAGUGGGGACAGAGAUAAGGCUUUACCGAAGUCCUACAGACCAAUCAGCCUCACCUCUUUCAUGCUCAAAACGAUGGAGAAGGUGGUCAACCUACACAUAAGGGACACCUAUCUCACUAAAAAGCCUCUGCAUGAAAGACAACAUGCCUACCAAAAAGGCAAAUCUACUGAAACGGCUCUAAUGGACCUAGUAGAUCGCAUUGAUAGAGCAAUUGAAGAUAAAGAGAUUGCGCUCUGUGUCUUUCUAGACAUUGAAGGUGCAUUCGACAACACUUCAACCAGCUUUAUCACAAAUAGCCUGGCUUUGAGGGACAUGGACCAGUCUGAGAUCAGCUGA